AUGGCACAGCUUAUCGAGAACCUGAAACUCAGCGAUGCUGGUCCAAAUGGAGUCGACAUCCCCGUUCUCGCCCCCACAGUAAACGGAACUUCGAAAGAAACAGAGGAUUCGGACGACGAUGUCGCUGAAGAUACCCCGGCAGUAGCUGUUGAGAACGGCACGGAUCCACCAUCGAUUCCCUUAUCGCAGCUAUUCCCGAACAACACCUACCCCAAGGGCGAGGAAGUUGAGUACAAGGACGACAAUCGAUGGCGAACUACCAAUGAGGAGAAACGACACCUCGACAACCUCAAUAGUGACUUCCUCUCUGAUUACCGUCAGGCAGCUGAGGCACAUCGUCAGGUCCGUCAGUGGGCACAGAGAAGCAUCAAGCCAGGUCAAACGCUCCUCGAAAUUGCCAACGGCAUCGAGGAUAGUGCGCGACGUCUGGUGGGUCAUGAUGGCUUGACCGAAGGUGACUCUUUGAUAGCCGGCAUGGGAUUUCCCACCGGUUUGAACAUCGACAACGUCGUCGCCCACUACAGCCCAAACGCCGGUUGCAAGACCGUGCUUACGCAGAGUAAUGUACUGAAGGUCGAUAUCGGCAUUCAUAUAGGCGGUCGGAUUGUGGACAGCGCCUUCACGAUGGCGUUCGAUCCUAUGUAUGACAACCUACUCGCAGCCGUCAAGGAUGCAACGAAUACCGGCGUGCGCGAAUCGGGCAUUGACGUUCGGGUGGGAGAAUUGGGCGGCUACAUUCAGGAAGCGAUGGAAAGCUACGAGUGUGAAAUCAACGGCACCACCCACCCGAUCAAGGCGGUUCGCAACUUGUGCGGCCACACAAUCCUUCCGUAUUCCAUUCAUGGCACCAAGACUGUCCCCUUUAUCAAGUCGGAUGAUAUGACGAAGAUGGAAGAGGGGGACGUUUUUGCUAUCGAAACCUUCGGCAGUACCGGCAGCGGCCGAUACGUCGAAGGAGGCGAGGUCUCGCAUUAUGCCCUGCGCGGUAACGCGAACACAAAAGACUUGACUUUGUCUUCUGCUAGAUCUGUCUUGGGAGCUAUCAAGAAAAACUUCAGCACGAUCCCUUUCUGCCGACGCUAUUUGGACCGGAUUGGGCAAGAGAAGUAUCUCCUAGGUCUGAAUAAUCUAGUGAAAUCCGGAAUUGUUGAAGAUUAUCCCCCUCUGAAUGAGAAACAAGGGACCUAUACGGCUCAGUUUGAACACACUAUUCUACUCCGACCAAACGUCAAAGAGGUCAUUAGUCGCGGAGACGACUUCUAA